GCGUUAAAAUACAGCAUAUUCGCGCACAAAAAACGCUUUUUAGUGUUAAAAUAAAAUGAGAAUAGGCAGUUAAAGUGGAUUUCGUAUCCGAGAAUGGUGCCGUUCGUUGUCUUUUUGGCAGGCGCAUUCGGGGCGGCAGUGGCGAAUGUUCAGGAGAAAUACUUUCAAGAAAACAGAGUACUGGCCAAAGCCAUCGUGGAGGCUCUACAGGACUCCAGAUUCGAGGAGGAGCUGCUGUUUGACUUGAAGAAGGAAAACCAGGUCUACCUCAACCGCACCAUGUCUUUGGUCAUCAAGUAUAUUGUUAAGAGAGAAGUGGAUAACUAUAGGUCUCGACGAACUGAUGCCAUUAGCAGAAGAAUCUACUCGUCACUAAUUAUGAAACUUAUCGAUAUUGCAAAGGCACCAAGGAUCCUGGCUCAAUUGGGGAAACUAGACGACCUGACGCCUAGACUGCUUGUGAGAAAACUUAAAGCCAUGGAGAUUAAGCCAGUGCAUUUAGGAGUUGCUUUACUUAUUCAGUACUACCUCCGUAACACCGUCAACUUCGCGAUACGGUCCCGUACCAUCGAGGUUCUAGCCACCAAGCCCCAGGACGUGGGUCCCCAGGUCAUCGACAUGCUAAAGGCGCUAGCCGCUCGCCUGCUGCCCGUGGCGGAACUGUUGGAUGUCCACCUGGCCCACUCCAGCCCUGCCUUCAAGGAUUCCUGUCCUAACACCUGGCUUGGUAUUGUCAAUAAUAAACAACUACGAUAGCACA